AUAUCUUUCAGGGUUCGUUCCUUCUUCUUCUUCUUCUUCUGUUGGGAAACAAGAAAAGAAUCUUUCUGUGAAAUUUUUAAAAUUGAAUACAAUGAAGAUGGAGAUAUUUGGAAUUGAUUUUGGAUGUGCUUUUGGAUCAUUGAGUGAUGGAAAGUUUCCUGAGAAGGAUUGUUUACUUCCAUUGAUAUCUAAGAUCCUUGGUUAUUGUAUUGUUGCUGCUUCUACCACUGUCAAAGUCCCACAGAUACUUAAAAUUUUGAAGAACAGUAGUGUCAGGGGGCUUAGUUUGGCAGCUUUUGAGCUUGAGGUUGUUGGUUAUACUAUUGCUUUGGCAUACUGCCUUCACAAUGGACUUCCAUUUUCAGCUUAUGGGGAGUUGCUUUUUCUUUUAGUUCAAGCCAUAGUUUUAGUUGCGAUCAUCUACUACUUCUCUCAACCUCUGGGGAUGAAGACGUGGAUCCUGGCAUUAGCAUAUUGUGCACUAGCUCCCACCGUUCUAGCUGGUCAGGUUGACCCUGUACUUUUUGAAGCCCUGUAUGCUUCUCAGCAUGCAAUUUUCUUCUGCGCUAGGGUGCCACAGAUAUGGGAAAACUUUAAAAACAAAAGCACAGGGGAGCUCAGCUUCUUGACUUGCUUAAUGAACUUUGCCGGCUCCUUGGUGAGAGUCUUUACCAGCCUCCAAGAACAAGCUCCAACAAGCAUGAUUAUGGGUUCUGUGCUCGGUAUGGUGACGAAUGGCACCAUUCUCAGUCAGAUAAUAUUAUACCAGAGGCCACCAGCGAAGAAAGAGAAGAAAGUUCAAUAGAAGCUAGGUUGCCUGCUUAUGCUGAUAGUUGUGCAGGGUCAUCACUAUGCAAUGGAAUUGUAUGCAUGUUUCUCACCAGCGGUCUUCUACAAACAACGGUGCUUUUGUUAGUUUGGGGUUAAAUCGAAUCUCGUAUGUUUUUUCUUAUGUUAUUAGUUAUUUCAUUUGCCUUUUGUGGUACUAAAUAAUGAUCUCCACAUCCCAAAUCUCUCUUUCUCUCUCUCUCUCUAGGAGGAGAGGUUUAUCGGUUAGAAGUUAGGAUACAGGUAAGCUUAGAUCUUGAAUGGUGGAUUCACAUCCACAGUACCAUCUCUAAUAUACAACAGGGUCCGGAGUGAUUGGACGUCUCUUUUGAGUGGACGAGGUUCAUGCAACUUGUUAAGAGUAACUGUGGUCAUGGGAAUAUGGAGGGAUUCUGUUCUUUUUUCAGAUGAUAAGAGGUAAUGGUGGUGUUAACAGUGAAUCUGAUGCCAACUAUAUCAUUAUGGAAAUGGUGGGUGGAUUGAUAAUUGUUCUUUGACUGAUGAAUUAAACACUCGACUUUUCUCA